AGCAGCAUUAUUAUUUCUCUUCUGCAGACUCGCUGCGUCUCUGUCCUCCAGCGCACCUCGUCUCAGCACUAUGUCCUCGGACAGUCCGCUUCUCGCAGGACACUAAACCAAACCACUCCUUUAACUGAAGGGGUCGCGAUAUCGAGUUUUGAUUUUUUUUUUUUUUGUAGUUGUUGAUAUCGGUCACCGGUUUCAUCCGUGCGGUACUUAUGACGAGACGGAACGCGGAGCUCGCGGCGAACUGACAGCGCGCGCGCGCCUGACUCAUGCGUUCCUAUUGCAAGGCGCUAUAAAGACGCACUGCGACGAAAACGUCUCAGCCCUCCGCACGCACGCACCUCCGCACCGCCUUCCUGUCUCCCUUGACUUGCGGACUUACUCCUAAGCCUCCUUGCAUGGAUGUAGGCUGCCAUGGCUACGUUUGUGUGCAGGGUGCAGUUUCUAGACGACACCGAUCCGUUCAACAGCACCAAUUUCCCGGAGCCGACUCGCCCGCCGCUGUUCACCUUCAGAGAGGACAUACCGCUCAUCAACCAGCUCGCCGGGGCGCACAGACUCCUCAAAGCGCCGCAAAAGCUCGAUGACUGUGCUCUGCAGCUGUCUCAUAAUGGAAGCUACCUGGAUCUGGAUUCUACUCUGGCAGAGCAGAAAGAUGAGCUGGAGGGCUUCCAGGAGGAUGGAGGGAGAGGCAAAAAGCACAGUAUAAUCCUCCGAACACAACUCUCAGUAAGGGUCCAUGCCUGCAUAGAGAAACUCUACAACUCAACAGGAAGGGAGCUAAGAAGAGCCCUGUUCUCUCUCAAGCAGAUUUUUCAGGAUGAUAAGGACCUGGUGCACGAGUUUGUGGUGGCUGAGGGACUCAUCUGUCUCAUUAAAGUGGGGGCAGAGGCUGACCAGAACUACCAGAACUACAUCCUUAGAGCUCUUGGGCAGAUCAUGCUCUAUGUGGAUGGGAUGAACGGCCUGAUUGGACACAAUGAAACAGUUCAGUGGCUCUACACGCUGGUUGGAUCUAAGUUUCGUCUGGUGGUUAAAACUGCUCUGAAGCUUCUGCUAGUGUUUGUGGAAUACACAGAAGCCAAUGCUGCACUACUCAUCCAAGCUGUCAACGCUGUGGACAAUAAACGAGGUUGUAAGCCGUGGUCCAAUGCCAUGGAAAUCUUGGAUGAGAAAGAUGGCGUGGACACUGAGUUGCUGGUCUAUGUCAUGACCCUCAUCAAUAAGACACUUGCAGGCCUUCCAGACCAGGACUCAUUCUAUGACGUUGUGGACUUUCUGGAGGAGCAGAGCAUCGAAGUCAUUGCCCAGAGGCACCUCGGUAGAAAGGGCACUGACCUAGACCUGCUGGAACAAUUCAAUAUAUAUGAGAUGACUCUUCGUCAUGAGGAUGGUGACGAUGAGUCGUCGCCGCCUCCGGCGGGCCGCAAGGACCGACGUCGUGCAAGUGUAGAAGGCACGCUCGAAAGACGCGGCCUAGAACGCAGACGCAGCCGAAGACAUUCUCUGCAGAACGGCAAAGGCCACGCGUCUGCACCCGGCUCUCCUUGUCACAGCCACAACCCCAACUUCCUGCCCUUUAAUGGCCAGAGGAUUGAGGAUGUCACUGAGAGAGAGGAAGUGGAGGUGGAGGUGAAGGAGGAAGAUGAGGAACCACAGAAAGCAGACCUUUCUGUUCAGGGAUCUGCCAGCUGGAUGGCGCCAACUGUAGCGAAAGAGGAGGCUUCUAGCUUGUGUUUGCCCUUUAAAUGCAUGGUCAACCUCAUCCCCAGCACUGCUGAUUCAGAGGCACAGGAAAGCACCAGGGGCUGUUCUGAGACCAAGAUCAUCUGCAGAGCACCAGUGUCCUCACCUCCUGUAACUCCAGAUUCUGGUCCCUGCAUUCUGUCUUCUUGGGCCUCCAUCAGGUCUCUGGGGGCUGUACCCUCCCGGGGUUCAUCCGUAACCUCCUCUGCAUCCACAUCCCCCAGUGAGGAACAUCAAAUUCCCCUUCCUCUCCCAUCCUCCCCCCUUCUCUCCUCUUGCCCAUCAGAUUCGGACGAGGUGCCUUUGGGGACCCUGCAAGGCCAGAGGGGCCGAGACGCAGAAAAGCGCUCCAGACAAAAUGGCUAUGCUGGCACAUAUCCUGGCAGGUCAUCAAGUGCAUCCAGUGCCCCUUCUACCCCCUUCAACCGCUUCAUCUCUACAGGAGGGUCACCUACUGACAGCAAACCUGACAGGCCGGGUCUGGGAGGUUUACUAGCCUCAUCGUACAGGCAGCACCAGGAGUCUCUGGCUGCAGAGAGGGAGCGGAGGCGCCUUGAGAGAGAAGAGAGGCUGCACAGGAUCGAACGGGAGGAGAGAACUCGUUUCAGUCGUGACUACGUGCAGAGGAGAGAAGAGGCCAUACAUGCCCGUGAAGAGAGGUAUAAACAAGUGGAGCGUCUGGCAGCGGAGGAGUACGAGAGGGAGCAUGUGGCACCAGCGCCAAGAGGUCGCACAGAAAUCACUCUCAAUCUGAGCUCACGUACCUCCUGCAACUCACGCUGUUCAAUCCCAUCCUCCACCGAGCCUCAGGAGAAUAAACGUCCUCACACUCUCACUGCACAAGAAGCUGAGCCAGAACCAAGUCGUGUGGAGUCUCCCUCUGUGUCUCCUGCUGUGCCUGGCCUCCAGUGGUCCUCAGAGACAGAAGAGGAGCAGAAGCCUGUGGAUGAGAAGGACAUAACAGUGUCUGUGCUCCAUACAGAGCCGGACAACUCGGAGAAGUGGACAUUAAGAAAAGAUGAGCAGGAAAGAGAAGUACAGGAGGUCAAGAAAAGUGAAAACGCGAACGUGAAGGAGAAAGAGAGGGAAAAGGUGUGUACCGAGGCAGUGGUGGUAAAUGAGGCAGGGACAGAAUUGGCGGCAGAAGAGGAGUGUGAGAAAGAGCAGAUAGUGGAAAGAGACACAGAGGACAGUACAGCCCUCAGCGAGAAAGAGAGGCAGAACGAGGAACUGAACGAGAAGGACAACUGCUCAGCUUCUAGCAUCUCCUCAGCCAGCAGUACUCUGGAGAGAGAAGAGCGAGAGGAGAAGCUUAUGUGUGAUAAUGACUCGGGCCAGUGGGCAGAAUGUAUUAAGGCAGCAGAUAUCAACGAACAAUGUGGCAAAGUCCUCAAUAACAAGCGCUUCAUGCUGGACAUGCUCUAUGCACAAAAUAAGAAGCCUGCUGAGGAUGAGGAGAAGGACAACGAGAAAGAGAAUGAGGGCCCAGAAGGUCAGGACUCGUCAGUAAACAGCCUCGCCACUCGUAUCUCAACUCUGGAGGCCCGGCAGCAAGCAAGUGAGGACAGUGUGAAGAAAAUGGAAGUGCAGAACCUGGACAACCAUGGCAAUGUGCGAAUUGUGGCAGAGAAAUUCGGGGACUUGGUGAAGGGUCUGGUGUCACCUCACGAGGCCGAGCACGUUGGGAAGGAGAAGGCACCUUCACCCACGCCACCUAAAAAGGAGUCGGAUCACAUCUGGGACCAGCUGAUGGCCACACCUCGAGAACUUCGCAUCAAAGAAAUGGACUUUACUGACCUUUUGGAGGAGGAUGACGUAGACAUUUUGGAUGUUGGAAACAUGAUCAAGUCAGGUGACCACAUGGCACCCCCUCCCCCACCUCCAUGUAUACCAAACCUCCCACCCCCACCUCCCCUUUUUGGUUGCCCUCCUCCUCCCCCUUUACCAGGAGGGAUGUUACCUCCACCACCGCCUUCCAUGGCGUCAAUGUCUCCCUCGCAUAUCGCUUCUUCUUCUCAACAUAGUCGAGGAGAGCCACCACUCUUUCAGAAGAAGAAGAAGACCAUCAGACUCUUCUGGACCGAGGUGAGACCCACAGACUGGCAAUAUGGCAGUGACAAGCGCUGCAGGGAAUCACUGUGGUCCAAACUGGACCCAGUAAAGUUGGACACAGCCAAGUUGGAGCUCCUUUUUGAGACCAAAUCCAAAGAACUUCCUGUUACAAAGAAAACAGCAACGGAUGGGAAACGGCAGGAGAUUAUUGUUCUUGACUCCAAAAGAAGCAACGCCAUCAACAUUGGCCUCACAGUUCUUCCACCACCCCGUACCAUCAAAACAGCCAUCCUCAACUUUGACGAAUAUGCUCUGAACAAAGAGGGUAUAGAGAAAAUCCUGACGAUGAUCCCCACAGAGGAGGAGAAGCAGAAGAUUCAGGAAGCACAGCUGGCGAACCCUGACAUUCCCCUGGGCAGUGCUGAACAGUUCCUGCUCACGCUCUCCUCCAUCAGUGAGCUGUCUGCUCGCCUGCACCUCUGGGCUUUCAAGAUGGACUAUGAGGUCUUAGAGAAGGAAGUGGCAGAGCCCUUACAGGACCUGAAGGAGGGCAUGAGUCAGCUGGAGAAGAACAAGACACUGUGCUUUAUUCUGUCCACACUACUCGCUAUCGGCAAUUUCCUUAAUGGAUCAAAUGCCAAGGGUUUUGAGCUGAGUUACCUGGAGAAGGUUCCAGAAGUGAAAGACACUGUGCAUAAACAGUCUCUGCUUCACCAUGUCUGCUCCAUCGUAGUGGACAAGUUUCCAGAAAGUUCCGACCUGUACUCUGAGAUCGGCGCAGUUACACGCUCUGCUAAGGUGGAUUUUGACCAGCUGCAAGACAAUCUGGCCCAGAUGGAGCGGCGCUGCAAAGCUUCCUGGGACCACCUGAAGGUCAUUGCCAAGCAUGAGAUGAAGCCGGCACUAAAGCAGCGCAUGUCUGACUUCCUGAAAGACUGCGCUGAGAGGAUCAUCAUCCUCACCAUCGUCCACAGGCGCAUCAUCAAUAGGUUCCAUGCCUUUCUGCUGUUCCUGGGCCACCCAGCAUACGCAGUGAAGGAGGUCAGCAUCCACCGCUUCUGUAAGAUCCUGAGCGAAUUUGCGCUGGAGUAUCGCACCACCAGAGAGAGAGUCCUGCAGCAGAAACAGAAGAGAGCGAACCACCGGGAGAGGAACAAGACCCGGGGCAAAAUGAUCACUGAUAGCGGUAAGUUUGCAGGCGCUUCAGCAGACGGUCAGGACACUCCAGGGCAGGGACUUGACUACGCCGAGGAUGCAGCAGAGCAUGAGCAGAUGACCGCAGUGCUGCGAAACAGUCUGCAGCUUGGAGACACAACCCCUUCAGUCCUGCCUGGUCUGCGAACUCGCACCAGAGCCAGCCGAGGCCGUAUGGGACUGUGGUCCUCUGCCAGUGAAGACACGUCUAAUUGCAUGGAAGACACAGCAGAUGAGAUCAUGGAGCGUAUAGUGAAGUCGGCAACUCAGGGCCCCAGUCAGCGCAGUCAGCCUCGCGAGAGGAGACGUUCAAGAGCUAAUCGCAAGUCCUUAAGAAGAACACUGAAGAGUGGCCUCACCCCAGAGGAGGCACAGGCUCUGGGAUUAGCCAGUGGCUCUGAGAUGCAAGUGUGAUGCAGAAUGAUUCUAGCAGCUCAGGGUCUAUAUAUAUAUACACACACACACACACACACACACAAGUCUGAAAACACGUGAUCCUGGACACUGCAACCUAAGCAUGCUGAUUGAAAGACUGAUAUUUCUUAACACCUUCCACUUUUACUGCAUUUUUAAAAGACAAGCACAGUAUCAGCUGCCGUUCAACCUUCUAGUACACAAACCUCUAAUACUUUUACACACACACACACACACACACGCGCGCUCGUAGCCCUGUUAGUGAUGAACGAGUUCUCUACAGACAUAAACGUACUAGUGUUUCUUACCACUGUGGCCUUGAGUGUGAACCCAAAGAUCAGUGCUUUUAACAAGGCCGAUCUCUUGCACCCUGGUUAUCAAACAUUAGCCGUUUGGUGAAAUCUUCCUGCUUUGGUUGGUAGCACAUUCAGCAUUCAUGUCCAGUGGAAACUGCAGAGCACACAUUUAUAGGAAUCACUGACGUAGAGCUCAAAGGGUGAUUCUCUCUGCACUGCUGUGGUACUAGUGAGUGUUUUUUUUAAUUUGAUACAGAUUUUAGAUUGAGCCUGAGAUUAAACGUGAUCAGCAAUACACAACAUGUCUGAUACACAACGCUGACCCACAGCACCUUCUGCCAUUUGUACUAUAGUCCAUCUGCUAAAAGUGGUCAAGGAGAAUAGGUGGAAAUCCGUUUCCAGACACACAUCAACUCCAAUCCGAGCCCAAGAAGAACUUCAAUGCUGCCUUGAUGUUAACUGUUAUAAACUCGAUUUUAAUGCAGUAUUGCGUGAUGCAUGACAGCUGUGCUUGUGGCAUUCGGUUAGGACAUGUCUUUGGAAACAGACGAACGUGGUCUCUUCAGCACAGCAGUACUCUGGUUUAGUUUAGAGGGUUUUAGGAGGAACGCUUAAGUGUGAUUCGGUUCCACAAAAUCACAACGCAUCCAUUCUGUAGUGCGAAACGCAAAACACGACUCCGACAAUCCACACAGACGUACUACACGACUCAGUAGUACCUCCCAGCACCUUACGAUGUGUAUCAUGUCAUUUGAAAGCAAUGUCAAGUAUUAACAAGAAGUAUCUUUGUGUUUGUCUGACGUCUUCUUCUCAGAUAAUCGAGUACUGUAAAAUGAACGAGAAACCUAAUGUAGAAACUAAAUGUUCCCGAAGACGACAAAUGCUGUAUAAUUGUGUAAAUCUCUUGUUUUUGUUUUUGCAUCUGUUGCAUUUGUAUUUGUAUAGAAUAGUGUAUUAUAGGUCAGAAGCAGUGUUAUUCUGUGAUAAUUAUAAUUUAAGAAAAGUAAGCAAGCCAUGCAUUGUUCAAAACGAAGAGAAAGCAAGCGAGUUGUCAAAGGGCGCUUCUGUUUGAUGCUCAGCGAUGUUUGCUUGUGUCGUGUAUUUUUUUUCUUUCAUUUUUGCACAAACUUGAAACAUGUUGGUCCUUGUAACCCACCCACCCACCUUCCACGCCUGCUCAAAAGCCUUUCGAGAUCAUUGCACUUAAGUACACAGAACUGAGUCAUGUCCAACCUUUUGCUGCAAGUGCCAUAAAAAAGUGGGUAGAAUAAGAGAACCAAGAAUGUGAAUUUAUCUUGUUAAUACUCACAGCGAAAAAGUAUAUACUGUAUACAAAUCUUGCAAUAAAAAGCUUUUGUGAAGCAUCCAGA